GAAGUCUACUACAUUAUAUAUGAUGGAAUCACUGCUGAAUCAUGGUUCGUUGCCAUAGUAACUCAUAAAAUUUAAAUAAAUACUACAGUUGUAUAGUAGUUCAUAAAAGAAAAAAGUUUGUAAGUCUAUGAUGUUUUGUGGAAAAUAAAAAGCAUAUUUUUUUCUGUGCAUUUUUUUAAACAGGAAUGUUUCCACAAAACGUGCAGAUAAAAGAUGGGGAGUAUACAAAAAUUAUUUAUACAAUGAUAAAGGAGCAAAGGUAUCAGGAAGCCAUCCAAGUUUUGACUAGUGUUUUGCAGACCAACUCGGCUUCCCGAGCAGGGCUGUCUCUCUUGGCCUACUGCUACUUCUACGCUCAAGACUUUGUGAACUCGGCCAACUGCUACGAGCAGCUGAUGUACCUGCUGCCGAACGAGACAGAGUACAAGCUGCACUAUGCCCAGGCACUGCACCAGGCCUGCCUCUACGAAGAGGCCAUGAAAGUCAUUUCUCAGAUAGACGACCCACAAUUCCGAGGACAAAUUACGAAACUGCAGGCUGCUAUCAAGUAUGGAGAGGAAGAUCUACCUGGAGCGAAAAGUCUUGUAGAUAGCUGCCCGCAAGAUGACCCAGAUACUGAAAUAAAUCAUGGCUGCUUACUCUACAAGGAAGGACGUUACGAAGAUGCAUUACAGAAGUUCACAGUGGCACUUCAAGUAGUGGGCUACAGCCCGCACCUUUCGUACAAUGUUGCACUCUGCUAUUACAAACUCAAAGUGUAUGACCCUGCUUCAAAGCACAUUUCGGAGAUUAUUGAAAGAGGUAUUUGUGAACAUCCAGAGUUAAGUGUUGGUGCCACCACUGAGGGUAUUGAAGUUCGUAGUGUUGGCAACACACUCACCCUGCAUGAAACUGCCCUGAUUGAGGCCUUCAAUCUUAGAGCAGCCAUUGAAUACCAGCGGAAGAAUGACGAGGCAGCACGGGACGCCCUCACGGACAUGCCUCCGCGCUCGGACGAGGAGCUGGACGCCGUGACCCUCCACAAUCAGGCUCUCAUGAACAUGGAGGCCAGGCCGAUGGAAGGGUUCGAGAAGCUGCAGUUCCUCCUGCAGCAGAACCCAUUCCCGCCGGAGACGUUCGGCAACCUGCUUCUCCUCUACUGCAAGUACGAGUACUACGACUUCGCUGCCGACGUUCUGGCGGAGAAUGCUCACCUCACGUACAAGUACCUCACUCCAUACUUGUAUAGUUUUCUGGAUGCUCUAAUAACCCAGCAGACUUCGCCAGAAGAAGCAUAUCGCAAGUUUGAUGAAAUUGCUUCCAGGCACACGGACACACUUAGAAAACUAACAAAGCAAGUCCAAGAAGCAAAAGAAAAUCAUGAUGAAGACUCAUUGAAGAGAGCAAUUGGCGAGUACGAAGAUGCAUUGGAAAGGUACAUUCCUGUGCUGAUGGCGCAGGCAAAAGUGUACUGGGACAUGGAGAACUAUGCUCAGGUGGAGAAGAUAUUCCGCAAGUCGGUGGACUUCAGCAAUGACAACGACACGUGGAAACUGAAUGUGGCCCAUGUUUUGUUCAUGCAAGAAAACAAGUUCAAGGAAGCCACUGGCUUCUACGAACCCAUCGUCAAGAAACAUUCUAAUAAUAUUUUGGAUGUGAGUGCCAUUGUACUGGCCAACUUGUGUGUGUCCUUUAUAAUGACUUCGCACAAUGAAGAAGCUGAAGAAUUGAUGAGGAAGAUAGAGCACGAAGAAGAACGAUUGACAAAUGAUGAACCUAAUAAGAAAAUAUUUCACCUCUGUAUUGUGAACUUGGUGAUUGGCACCUUGUACUGUGCUAAAGGCAACUAUGAAUUUGGGAUAUCCAGAGUGAUAAAAAGCCUUGAGCCUCACAGUAAGAAGCUAGGGACUGACACAUGGUUCUAUGCCAAAAGAUGUUUCUUGUCUUUGAUAGAGAAUAUAGCAAAACACAUGAUUGUAGCAAAAGACUCUGUGUUUCAAGAGUGUAUACAGUUUCUGGAACAGUGUGAAGUUUAUGGAAAGGAUGUGAAAACUGUCAUUGAGCAUUCAUUACAAGAUCUGAAUUUGCAAGAAGGUAAAAAUACAGUGACAUAUGAAGCGCGAAUGUUAAAAUCACUCUUGUUACGCUUACAAAUGAAGUGAUAUCACAUAAAAAAAGUAAGUGCUCAACCAAACAAUUCACCAGCAAGAAAAACACAUAUUUAUGCAACACUUCAUUGUUAAUCACCAGUUGUUAUGAACCAAUAGAGUAGUAAACACAGUCCAUUUCACAUCUGAAAUUUUUUUAAGAAUACAAAAUUUAAUAUAAAUAUUUUUACAUCAAAAUAAUUUUCUUUAAAGUCACUUAAUACAUACAUGUAAUUUAUUGCUACUAGUCAUUAUUGCUACUAUUGAUUGUAAGGAUAAUUGUGUUUAAAAUUAAAUUAAUGCACAUUCACCAUAAA